AUGGGUAGGAAGAUACAGCGCUACACCAGGACGAUCGAAGUGACCAAGAAUGGCCUAGACGAGAACUUGGAUUCGUUCGUUGACGAUAUUAGACCGAAUCCAUUGGCGGCCAAACAGAACACUGCGCACCUGAUUCGACGAUACCGAGAUAUACUGAAGUUGCAAAAGGAGAUCGCCAAAUUUCGGGAUGAGGUGGUUGAUCCAACUCAACGUUGCCUAGCCGAACUGCACGACAUUUUCCCUAGCAUCAUCGGAUCUUACAAGUUGAUGUUCCGUCUUCAUUUUGACGUCCUGGAGUAUCGUGUCAUCAAUGUGCGGAUUGUCGAUACUCUCAAGCUUUCGGACUACCUGCUCCAACUUCACGACUCUUCUUACGGGGUACAGCGGCAGGGCUUGAAGAUGCUGGAGUUCGCAAACAAGGAAUCUACUGCUUGCGUAGGGUAUUGCGAGGAUGCCCUCGAUGAUCCAGUUGUCAAGUCCGGUCCAUGUAUCGAAAGCGAGAUACGACUGCUACAGAUCCGCUUCCGACUCCUUGCGAAAUCCACGCAGUCCAAACUUUCUGAACUCCGGGCCGAGGCGCAGUUGGAGCCUCAAUCUGCAGACGACAGCAGGCUCAGGGCUAGCCUCGAUGCAGUAAUUGAUAUCUGUCGCCGAUUACCUACCACGCAUGACGGGUUUCUGGACACUGUCCAUGAGUUUGCCAAAGCACUUGGACAAGAAGGCUCCAGCGAUUUCCGGACGGUUCCAAACGUCAAGAACGACACUGUCCGCAAAAUCGAGAAAUCGUGGGGAAUGCACGAAGUCGGCUUCUUGACAACUUGCGGAGAGUCUCAUCUGUACUCGGCGAAAACCUUUCCAGAAGGCUGCCCAGAUUGUGGUAAGUCAGUAACCGCCAUGGAUGACGUCUACCGGCAAAGUUCCAAGUAUCUGUUUGAGAAACAAUUCCUUGCUGCCAUGAACGCAGGGGAUAGCAAGCCUACGAAGGCCACUGCCAACAAUACCACAACGUCGACCAAUGCAUGUGAGACUUCUGCAUCCCAAGAGAUUAUUGUUCAAAAUGCUGUGAUCACGGAACGGAGCAGGGCUGUGACUUCGGAAGAAAGGGUUCUGACAGCUGUGCCCACAAUCAAGCCCGGCAAUGUGAACGAGUUUGGAGUUGCCAACUUGUGUGUCGAUGACUGUGACAAUGCAACGAAGAACAUUUCCAAGGAAGCUGCUCAGAAAGCUGGGCAUGAGCAGUCCCAGGUAGACAACAAAGAGGGAUCGAUCAAAGACUUGACGAACGAAGAAAAGUUCCUCAUAGCAAUGCGCGGAAUCGGAAAGAAAUGA